UCUGCAGCGCACGCAGCUUGUGGUUUUGACCGUGAAGUUGACAAGCAUCAGCUUACAACGCCACACACUUAAAAAACAACAGAAGCUUCCCAAGAAGUUGUGAAGGACGUGGAUUUUCACUGGGCUGUGAAUACUAUGAAAAUCCCUGGAAUAAAUUAUCACUCUCUUUUCCUCUCCAGUUAUCUAAGUGUAGGGGCUUCGCAACUCUUGGCAAAUCGCAAGGAUGUCUGAAAGCAUGGCGCUCUCCAGAAACGACACCCUCGCUUGGACAAGUGGUUUCAUGGAUAUUAAUCAAACGUCGAGCGAAAAUCACGGAGGGCCAGAAGCGAUCAUUGUCCCAGUUGUCUUUGGAUUUAUAUUUCUAAUGGGUAUUAUAGGCAACACGCUUGUAAUGAUUGUUAUUGGAAGGAUUAAGUCUGGACGCCCCAGAAACACUACUAAUAUAUUUAUCCUGAAUCUCAGUAUAGCAGACUUGUCCUUCCUCCUUUUUUGCGUCCCUUUCCAAGCAACCAUUUACUCCCUUCCCGAGUGGAUAUUUGGGGCUUUUCUUUGUAAAUUCGUUCAUUAUUUCGUGAUGGUAAGCAUGCUGGUCAGCAUCUUCACUCUCGUCGCAAUGUCCGCGGACAGGUAUGUCGCUGUGGUUCACGCCAAAAAGUCUCCCUGCAUCCGUAACAGAAAGAACGCGUUAAAUGGAGUUUGCGUUAUUUGGCUGCUCUCUGCCGUCUUCGCUAUCCCCGUGGCCCAACAUCAGACACUGACCAGUCAUCCAGAGGCACCAAACAGCUCAUUCUGCUGGGAGACGUGGUCCGACAAAGUGUCCAAGCACAUCUAUAAAGUGACAAUUUUGAUAAUUGGAUAUUUGUUGCCACUGGUUUUGAUAACAUGCUGUUAUGCUAAGGUGUUGUACCAUCUUCAUAAGAAAAUAAAGAACAUGUCAAGGAAAUCUGAGCGUUCAAAGAAAAAGACUGCGCAGACCGUGCUGCUCGUGGUGGCUGCAUUCCUGCUGUGCUGGAUGCCACACCACAUCAUCGCCAUGUGGGUGGAAUUUGGCAAAUUCCCACUAAAUGAUGCCUCCUUCGCCCUGCGUAUCAUCUCACACUGCCUCGCCUACGGGAACUCCUGCGUCAACCCCAUCCUCUACGCGUUUCUGUCUGAGAACUUCCGUAAGGCCUGUCGGCAGGCCUUCUCCUGCAGCCUCCGCUUUCCAUCACCCCCUGCAGAGAAGGUGGUCCGGAUCCGCAUGGAGAACCUCUCCACCACCCACUCCAUAACCAACAUGACGGGACAGCAGUAGAAGGACAAGGGUUUGUUUUGCCCUCCACCUCCAGGUCCUGGUUGCUUUGUGGGAUUCAUGCUGAGCUUCUUUACUUAAAGGGGCAGUUCACCCCAAAAUAAUAAUAAUAAAAAAAAUGUUUCAGAUAUGCUGUAGUGCUGUUUAUCCAUCUAGAUUGUUGUGGAGAGAGUUGCCUAGUUUUGGAGAUAUCAUCUGUAGAAACAUCAGUUUUCUCACAAAUAUAAUGGGGUUGAGUGGUUUUCUUUCUGGGGUAAAUAAAGCUCUAAAAAAUCAUUACCCGGUUAUUCAAACUAAUCCACAGACCUUGCAAUGAGCAGUUUAAUGUAGCAACUAAAUUCUUACUACCGAACCCCACACACCAACUGCAUGAAUGCGCAGAAGUGACACUCGUGACAAUGUGAUGAACUCUAAUGCUAGGUAGCUACGUGGUGAUAGCAUUAUCAGUUAGCAUUAGCUACCAACAGUAGCGAAUAGCAACAAUACCGUGUUAGUUAAUAGUAAUUUCAGCUCAAUACUGUUAGCUCAUCUAGCACCGCACCCUACAGCAAAUCUGUUGUUUUUUUAUUAUUUUGGGGUGAACUGCCCAUUUUUCUGCCAUGUCUACCAGUUUUUCAAAGGGAACCGCACUGCAGCUGGUAAGCUAAUUGCUCUACUGAAUUCUUCAACUUUAAGAACGGGUACAGGUGUACAUAUGUAAGAGCAAAGAUAACCAUCCUUGCUCUUUGGCCAUCUUCAUGUUCUGGUUUUAAAAACAUUAAGCAUGAGACAAUAAUUUAUGGCAUUCUUACAAAAGAAGGUCAUUUAAUAUUAAGUGCAUUGUGGGACAUUCAAAUUAAUUAAGGUGAUACUUUGUAUCACGGCCCAUGGAAUUUCAAACUCAAGUGACUCCCAUUUUAAUACAUUUUUUUGUGGGGAACACAUUUUAAUCUGAUCAGUAUAAUGAAUCAUUUGGAUUAUGACAUUUCCAUCCAUCCUGCUUAUUACACAUCACAGUAGCUCACUCUUUAGUUUAAUUCGCUUCUUUAUCACACAUACCAAAAUUAGAGUCAACUUCACACCGAAAGAAAAUUCAUUCACCAAAACUAAAGGCAAUUUCAUACACCGUAAGAAUCACGUGGAUUUGUCUCGUAAUUUGUAUGUGAAUAUUCUGCAGCAGAAUAAUGUGUCGGGACUGAACCUCAAAAGUCUUGUUUUUAAUUUUCCCCAGGAAAUAGUGUCUGAAUGAUUGCAUAUAUGUGAUGUAGGACAGACACAUGAGGAUGGUGUGGGGGAGUAUAUUUCGAAAUGAGAAGUAGCAUUUGGGAAAGGAUUUUGCUGAAUGUCCUCCGUUCUCAUAAAGUUAUACAUGUAUUAAUAUGAUUCUUUGUGAUAAGGUUAUAAGUCUCUGUAAAACACAAAGAACAAUGGAGUAUGUGGAGACAAAGACCCCCUCUUUCAUGGCGUUAGGGUUAGGGUGGCCCCUCCAUUUUCCAUGACGGACAGGUGAAUCGGGGCCAAAAAAAAAUAUCUUAUUUUUUGUCCCGGGAGGUGGACAGCAAGUGUCUCUCAGAAUUUUCCCCCUCAAAAUCGUGAUGUCUGCUAUGAAAUUGUUUUUUAUUAUCCUGGGAUUGGAACCACUGUCUUACUGAACUGGUGAAUGAAAGUAAGAGAGACUGUGUUAAAAACAAAGAAAGAUUUCGAAAUACGAAACCCUAGCUGCUUUGCUGCUCUUCACCAAACGCAUGACUUACUUGUGAUCCCACCGUGAUUUGAUGUGUGCAUGUGCAGUUCCUUUCAUGUUAAGAACACUUUAUUGACUUCCUGCCAAGCCCUCCACCACUGCCUGCAACUGUGAAUCGUCAGUCCACAGUCCUGUCGGUGUUGCUGGGAGUACGUUUAUGUUUUCUGUUUCGUGUUUAUAGAACUACGUCACGCAGAGGAAUGUCUCUCUGUUUUCAGCCCAUCAGUGAGAUACCAACACCCUCAGUUAGAUACAGAUUCAGAUUCAGGAGAUUUGAGGUAUGGGUGCUAGUACUGCUGCUGCAACAUUGAGCAGAGAACCUGAAUUGCUCAGACAGACAUUCAUCUGUCAGAACAGUGAAUUACCCACAAUGCUCUUGGCCAGAGUACUAAGUACUGGCAGAAGUACAAAUGUGAAUGUUAUUUUAGAAACCUGUGACCUGAACACUUUGUAUGUUACGCAUGAUGUAACAACUUACAGUAUCUCCAAGACAGACUGACAAAAGUCUCACAAGUCUGGCAAACCCUAGUAAUUUUUUAAAUGAUUUUGCUGAGGGAAGAGUCAUGUGUCAUUUCCUGUAUAGAAGGAUCCCUGAUCACAAAGUCAGAACACUCAACUAAUUGUUGAUUUUCAUCGUGAGUCCUAAAAUUAUUCUCAAUUAAUUAUGUAUCACCAAAGUUCAAGUGAGACAUUGAGCCAGCUACACAUCAGGCUGUGUGAAGUUACACUGACUGCGUUGGAUUCUGUUCUCAACAAUCACUUAACUAGUGAAGAACUGGGAGACAUAACAGUCAUUCAAGACACAAGACAAAAAGGUCAAACAAUAUUAAACCUAAUUAAUACUAAUCAGGCUUAGAUUAACUAUAUAACAAAUGACCUGUAAUGCAUAUUUUAUCAUAAGCAGCGGUUGACUCCCAGCCCAUCCUGAGUGUAGUGACUCCCAGCCCACCCAGAGUGUAGUGACUCCCAGCCCAUCCAGAGUGUACCCCAACUUUAUACCCUCUGCUGCCUGAGAUAAGCUCCAGGGCCUCUGGGGACCCUGGCCAGGGUGUUUGGUUGAAGAAUGGAUGAAUGGAUUUUUCAUCACUGUGCACAGAUUUCAGAAAUGUCUGAAUGUGUGAAAUCACAGUCAGAAUUCAGAUGAAGACGUAGCCCUCAUUAAGGACUGAAGAGCUAUACCCAGGAUCGGGGAUCUCUGAUACUCCUCCUCCUUGGUCAUGACCACCAAGCCAUGGCUAGAGAACAGGAAGCUCCUGGUUCUGGUGAAUUUCCAGAACCCAC